GUGGAGGGGGAGGUGGAGGAGGGGUUCCGUGAGGGUGCAGAAAACAUAAAUAGGCCGGGCCCACUGCAUGCGGUGUUCAUUAUAGACGCGCCGCGCCGGCUAAGGGACGGGAAGUCGUUUCACUCGGAGGAAGGAGGGGCAUUGAGAGAGACACACACGGAGCAAAGCUUAAGAAAUGGAGACCUGCUACCAGUACCAGAAGGCGAAGGACCUGGAGACGGGAUCCGGCUCGGAUGGGACAUGCAAAGACGGAUCUCCCCGCAGUCAGGCCGCCCGGGUUCGACUCCUCCUUGGCGACAUCGCUGGACUGCUCCUCGCCGCGCUGCCAUUCUUGGCCCUGGAGCUGAACCUUCUCCACCCGUUCCAGCGGGGAUUCUUCUGUGGCGACGAGAGCAUCAGCUACCCAUAUGAGAAGAGCGAGACGGUGCCCGACGGACUACUAAGCGCCGGGGGAUUUCUAAUCGCCCUGGCCACUGUGAUCGGGGGCGAGCUGUGCGCCGCCUGCUGCCUGGGCCACCGCUGCCCCCCCGUGCUGAAGAGGGGCGGCUCGCUGCCCGGCGCUCUCUACCGCACGCUGGGCGCCUUCCUCUUCGGCUGCGCCGUCAACCAGUCGCUCACGGACGUCGCCAAGUUCUCGGUGGGCCGGCUGCGGCCGCACUUCCUGGACGUGUGCAAGCCCGACCGCGCGCUCUACAACUGCUCCGAGGGCUACAUCACGAGGGACGUGUGCACGGGGGACCCGGCCGUCAUCUCCGAGGCCAGAAAAUCCUUCUACUCUGGCCACGCUUCCUUCUCUAUGUACACCAUGGUGUUUCUGGCUCUGUACGUGGAGUCUCGCCUGCGCUGGCGCGGCGCACGCAUCCUCCGUCCGCUGCUGCAGUUCGUGCUGCUGCUGGUGGCCGUGUUCGUGGGGCUGUCGCGCCUCUCCGACUACCGGCACCACUGGAGCGAUGUGCUCGUCGGGUUCUGUGCCGGGGCGGCCGUCGCCAUAUUUACGGUGGUGAGGGUGUCGGGCUUGUUCGAGGCGAGGGACGCCGAGGAGAAGGACGGGAGCGAGUUUGGCGACCGCCACAAGUACGUGAACGAGGACAUCGAGAUGGGCGGCGUGGAGACCUGCAACGGGCACCCGGUGGAAGCGUCGUGAGAGCUCGCGGUCCAACGCACGGGGACGCACGGCACCGCGACAACGCGCGCCACCUCGACGCACGGCGUGCCAACGCGGGGAACCGACGUCGCUCGCGCUGGAACACGGGGGCCGCUCUUCGUUUCGGUCCACUGCUGGGCACGGUCGGUGAUAGGGGGUUGCCACCUGCCCGGGUGUUUGCUCCCCCCGGAUUCACCUCCUUCUUGAGGUUGCCGUACUCUCUGGAUCUUAAGUCACACGCUCUCCUAACCUGUUCUAGAUUUGAAGUUUUCGUGACUGCAAGGAUCCAUACUUCUUUGGUUCUUUCGGUAAAGUCACGUAGGUAAAACUAUUUAAUUAAAUAAAAAAUAGAAAUAAUCGAAUUUUGAUUAUGAUUAGAUUUUUUGAUUAUUGUUUGAUUAUUUAUAUUUUUAUAUUUUAUUCCUUUUUUAUUUAAUAAAAAAAAUUCACCUACGUUACUUUACCGAAAGUAUGGAUCCCUAACUUGUGUCAAUUAGAAUUAUACAAAUCUCGUCGCACGAACCUACCCGGAUUGUAAGAUGCACACCCAACCUUUGUAUCGUAAUCAUAGAGGGGGAAACGUGCGUCUUGUAAUCCAGAGACAUUUGUAGCCAUCUUCGGAAAUCUAUAGGUCUGCCCGGGACAUUAAAAUUCCCACUGUUUGUCCGCUGUGUAAUAACAAUGAUAAUACACCACUCAAGACAAUGCAUCUUCAUGUGGUGCUGCCCUCUUCUGGCGUCUGUGGCGUACUCUGCGCAUGAUACGUCUUACUGUUUGUUGGUACCACGGAGGUGGCAAACCCCAGUCAGUGACCUCGAAAAUAUUUCCAGUCGGCAUCCGGUAUAGCUCUCGCGAUGGAUGUAGCUGCUAGGCACAUGUCGCGUGUUCCAGUGUACCAGCAAGGUAUAAAAUAUUCAGUGAAAAGUUAAGCCCUGGCUACAGCACCCGGACCUGUCGGCUGGCAUACCUGCGCCAUCAAUGCGGCAAAUUGCUUAAGCUACAGCCCACCGAGAAUGUGUAUAUUUGUGUACAAGCAUAGUGAAUUCGGUGUGUAAGUGUGGUGUAUUUUAGUGUGUGUGUGGAGAGUUAAUGUAAUGAUCAGAGCACUGCACUAUAGACCUGGCUAACCCGAGUUCUAAUUCUUCUCGCAGCCAACAUUUGGUGACCAACAUCUGAAGUGGGCUGGGGCCCCCAAGGUCGACUCGGCCUCAAAUGAGUACCGAGUGCGGUGUGUAAACAUCACCACUGGGGAGACAAAGGCGGCCCCCGGGCGUAGUGCUGGCAACCCACCCCCUCGUGUACCAUGCCGGCAGGCCUUAAUAUAUGUGCUCGCUAACAGCACUUGUUCCAAACAGUCUGCUAAGGCUAUACGGGGGUCUUUGUCUCUAUUGUUUGUGUUCCGUGUGCACACAUAUUAUUUACGUUACGAGGUCCUGACUAUGAAUUGGAUCAGCAAAUCCGCUUUAUCGCUGCCGCUGGAACACCUCUGUCAUGGGUUAGCGACUAUUUUUCUAUUGCGUUGAGAUUAUCUGCUGUUAUGCCUUCGACUAAACCCGCACAAAGGUAAAUACACCGCAUUGGUUGUGCAGAAUGUGCAUGUAGCUCUUCACUUCUCUGAGCUUUCCCGGCUUUAUUUAUUUUUAAGACGGCGACUUUUUUUUGCGUCAUAGCAAGCAUUCGAACUUUUAACAAAACGUGCAAUCCAUGGUGUACACGGUUAACAUUUGUGUGUUUUACGACACAGCGAGGGUAAGGUGGCUUCCCGGCACGCAAUACACGUUCACUGUAAAGCAGUGCUUGGCCAGGCUUUACGAAUAAAAAAAACACACACACUUCCAAAAUGUGUUUUUUUGGCUGGGCCGUUAUAAACGCGCAUACAAAAGGACGCGUGAUCAAAAGGUCAGAGGUAAGAGGCCCAAGGGGUGUCAGAAGGGCAGAGGUAAGGGUGCCUGGAAUUGGUGUCUACACUUCUGUCCUGCCCUCUGACCCCAAAAACCUCCUCACUCUUCCCUCCUCCAUCUCACGCCAGCCCCAGCUGUUAUUCUGGUUCUUAAAAGCGGGGAAUGCUUGCCGGGAUAAUAACAACAGCAGCUGCCGCUUUGUCGACUGCUGGCAGCGUUGGUCGACGGACUGAUGCUGCCUCCUAUGGUUAAAGCUGUGUGCGGUUGGGAGAAUUUUUUUCUCUCUCUCUCUUACGGCGAUAAUGGGGGAUACGAGAACAUUGCCUUCUUUGGGUGAAGUAGCUGGGGCAUUUUGUGUUUGUUCGGGAAUGCCCUGCUUCGUUUUGUAUUGAACGUACGGGAACACGCACUGCUGCUGUUAUGAUCUCCACUGUUUGUUCCUGAGAAUAUUUAUUUUCAGUGAAACACAUGACAUUUAUAAAUAUAUUUUAUCGAACAUAUUUUACCUUUUUAUUUAAGAAUAAACUAUUAAGCAACAAUUAUUUUUACGCAUGUUAUCCAUUUUUUUGAAUAUAUAUUCUUACAGCUAAACAUUUUCUUUGGAGGUGGAGUGGUGGCACAGUGGUUAGUGUACAGCACUGUUAACCCCAUGGUCUGAGUUGGAUUACCUGCCACGGCUGCUAACAUUAGUGACAAGUGAAAUCUGAAAUAGUCCUGCUCCCCCUCCUCCAACUAAUACCAAGCUGCACUAUCCAGCAUGGUGAAGUAUGGUGAAACAACCCCGGCAAGCUAUGUGCCUGGCGUGUGAAGGUCCUCAUCCAGCAGCGGAUUGACAAAGGGCACAACAUUAUUUUACUUUUAUUUAUUUUCAUUGGAAACAGACAUUCAUCUCAAAAUACAUCAUUUUAAUGUGAUAUGUUCCAUUCUGUGUAUAUAUAUAUAAAAACACGCAAAGUAUUAUUAAAAUUCCUUUGUGGUGUCCAAAUAAUCCUCACCGCAUGGUAGUUGCUGUGCUGUUUUGUGGUCAGUAAGAAUUGCUGUGCUGUCAAAAUUAACGCGCGUGAGUGUGUGUCUUGAAAGUGGUGGCAGAGUGGUCAGCACCCACAGUGUAGGGAAUAAUACAAAAAAUCUGCUACACAUAGCAUGUUGUCAACCUACUUGCUGCACUGCAUUAUACACUUUGCUGCCCUGCAGUUGGGCACGUCACGAUCCCUUUGUGAGCCACCAACCCUCACGUGCAAGCCGCUGAGUGUACAGAAUAUGCAUAAUUUGCCACCCACUAUAAAACUUGAUUUAGCAGUGAGCUUAGUAUUUCAUUCCAGUGUUUUAUGGUUUUGGUAAUGCUCCAAAGCCACCAACUGUGUUGCACAACAGCUUCAAACCUUUAUCCUUGGACAUUUCACAUUGUCGAAGAAGUAGAUUUAGAUAUGGCAAGUGGCACUUAAUAUUAUUACUUCUAAUCACUUUAAAUGUCUGAGAUAAAUAUGCUAUGGCCAUAAUUGCACUGAUAAAUCUAAACGGAAGGAUAUUCAUGCUGGAAUAACCAUCUAUGAUAUAUAGUCAAAAUAAAACGUUAAAAAACCUACUUGAUAUAGCCCAGCGGAUAUGUAAUACAAAUUUUAGCAACUGAGCCUUUGGUGACGCAAGUGUGUAAGUUGGCAACAAAAAGUAUGCUCUGAACGUGAACCCACAUCAUACAAUGUCUAAAUUUGACAGACUUGGAUCCUUGUGUCGCUGAAUGCAUGAAUCUUGAACAUAUCUGCUUAGCUAAUGUACCUCUUAUUAAUACAUAUAAUACUUUUGAAGUGUGCGCUGGUAUCAUUAUUGGAUGUGCGUUCUUAAGAGGUGUAUCGAGCACUGGUCAUGGUGACGAUGACGAAGUGAGACAGAUGUGCGUUGAAUUACGGAUAAGUGGUCCGUGUGAUUUCGUGUGCAAAGAGAACGGCCUGCGGAAAGAGAUAUCGCAGAGCUGUGUCUGAGACCUCCUCAAGUGACUUCUGAAUCCACGUUUGGUUGUUCUCAUUAGGAUCUCGCACAUGGCCUGGAGAAAUGUGUACAAACCUGUAUCGGACGAUCUGGAUCCUGCGCGGAAGCCAGUAUGGCCAGAUGCUCGUUUCAGAAAUAGUUUUAAGAAAUAUUUACUUUGGCGAACGCCCUGUGUACAAAACACCUAAACAGGUGUCCUGUCUGAGGCUGGCCCUCGAGAUUUUAAUAUGAUCUAAUCACCAAUUACCCAGCCUUAGAAUCCCUCGUAGACUUAGCAGCUUCUGUUGCUAAUUUAUGAUAUAAUUACGCAUUGUUCGAAUGUUGCUAUCCUUGUGUUUUGCAUUCAGCGAUUUUUAAAUGACUGCUAUUUGUAGCUUUGGUGCUGACGUUAUUCAUACAAAACCAUUUUACAAUAAAUACGAAAUAAAUUAAUGGAUGCAGUUUACCCAA